UAACUCUGAUGAAUCAACUUCCAAAGGAUCGAGUUCUGAUAUGGUUUUUCGGAAGACUCAUGAUGCUAUCCCGGAUACCUCAAAGUUGAAAUUGAGCACAGGCAAAAUAGUGGAGGAUAUUCUUUUUAAUUUUUCUAAAGACAUGGAUUAUGAACACCAUACUCAUUUGUAUAUUGUGGAUUUUGAUGAUGAGAAUAUCAAAGCAUUGUUUACUGAUUCAGAAUGGAAAGAAUUAACAAAAGAUUGA